AUGGAAUCUCUAAUUUCUGGAAAACAAUUUUUACAAUUUCCUUUAAAAGAAUAUUUGCUAAAUAAUUUGAAAAAAACGGAAGAGGAUGUUAUUUUGGAUAUGGCAAAGUCUUUGAUUGAAAGGAUUGUUAAAAAUGAAGAAGGAACGAAUUUUGAUAGGUUGCUUGACUUUACUUUGGUUUUUAUGGAUUGUUGUGCUGAAAUUGUCAAUGGAUCCAUUUCUACUAAAAUGAUUGAAUCUUUACAAGAAUUAUACAAAGAAUUGGAAAAUUUGUUAACGAAUGCUGAAACUUCACAAAAAAAUUCUUCAGAAAUUCUGUUCAAAUCGAAGAUAAUUCCAACGGCUCCUUUAACUGAUUAUUAUAUGGAAAGAAUUGAAUUGAGAAAAAUAUAA